AUAACAAGCCAAUGAAAACAUUGACUUGUGUGGUGACUCCGCUGUUCUUCAUAAGGUCAAACGAUUCAUUAAGACUAGAAUGGGUAAAUUAGGCCAAUGGAUUUCCUGAAUGCAUGCGACAAACAAGUAGUGUUCUUUGCAUAAUCACUUUUGAAGCCAGCUGUCUGGCUGCAAUUAUUUACAUAAAUUUGAAUCAUGUGAAUGAUUGUUUUUUUGGGGGGCGGGUUGUUGUAUGAAGAAAAUGUGAGAUGUGUGAUGCAGUCGGGCAUUGCACUGGAAACACAUCCAUGGAUCGGAACUAAAUAACGAAACUGAGCGUUGGGGUGCUGUUCAACAACAAAGGUGGGACCAGAACAUUGACUACAAAAGUUUUAAUGCAAAAGUUGUAGGUGUUUUAUAGUGCAUACAUUUAUAUCUAAACUUGUGUGAUAUGUAAAGACCCUUGCAUUCUUUGUUUUCUUAUUUUAUGCUCAACAUGCAUCAAUAUACAUUUGGCUAGAUGACAGAGCCACUAAAGUGCUUUUAUGUUAUAUUUUCGUGUUACAGGAUGUGGAAGAACAUAAUUCUCCUCUUAAGCCUUUCAGGGCUCGUGGGACACCAUGCGUCUCCCAUCACCAAACUCUACCACCACGUGGAUCAGAAGAUGAGCUGGACUGAUGCUCAGCGCUACUGCAGGGAGCAGUUUCAUGACCUGGCGACCAUAGACAACCUGGAAGACCUAGAGCGGCUGCAAGCGUCCAGAAAAGGGUCCGAUUAUGACAUUGACUCCGCAUGGAUCGGACUUUAUGAUGACCGCACCAGAUGGCAGUGGUCCUACGGCAACCAAGAUUUCAAAACGGGUCAAGACUAUGACAAUUGGGCCGGACCUGAACCAAACAACGUAGGCGCCAAACAGAACUGUACAAUGCUUAUGCCACAAACAGGAGGAUGGGCGGAUAAGAGCUGCAGCGACCUGGCCGGUCCCGUCUGCAUUAAUGCUGCGGGCAACUACAUCUAUGUCCAAGAAGAAAUGACCUGGUACAAGGCGAGGAAAUACUGCGCGUCUCACCACACUGAGUUGGCAAUUGUGAGAGACGCGACAGAGAACAGCAAAAUCUAUGCAUUGAUGAAUUCAAACGCAUGGAUCGGGCUCCACAGAAAUCCAUGGUCCCACUGGUCUGACGGGAGUAGAACCACUUACCUUAAUUGGGAAACAGGCCAGCCAAUAAAUUAUGGAGGCAAUCAAAAUUGUGCUUCAAUGAAUUUUAUUACAGCAGAUUAUAGAGAUAAAAAUUGCCAGGAUUUAUUUUACGUCGCCUGUCAGGAACUGCAGAAACAACGCUCAACCUUUAGGAUAAAGAUCAGCACCGAGGCAGACAUGACAAAUCCGGAGGUUCAACGCCAGUUUGUUGAACAGCUCUCUGCCAAAAUGGCCAAGGAAGGAGUGACUGGCAUGCAAAUCCAUUGGAUCGUGAAGGAAGGACAGGACCAGAAGAGUAAGAAAUGAGGGCUCUUUGAGGUAGAACAGUGGUUCUCCAACUUUUCUACUAGUGUACCCCCUAUAAGAUAGUUUUUCACCUGAAUCCCCCCUCACGGCACACAAAUGUAUGAUAAAUGUGUGCGUUCAAUUUGGCAGUAUAAACAUGAACAUUAAAAGGAUGAAAAUACUCGAAAUGUAAUGAGAAACAUGGGCCAACAUGCAACUGUUGGCUAAUUCCUCUCCACAAAAUAAAUUAAAAGCUAGGGGGUAAUGGCAUGUAGAGGUUAAUCCCAUUUUGGUUUUUCUGGAUGCGCUCUUUUUCAGCAGAUUUUACUUUCUCGUGUUUUCAGAUUUCAUUUCAACCACUUGUCCAUUUUCUCGUUAUUAUAAUGUCUAUCUUGUAAAUAAAUUAAUUCAUUUCAUAGAUAAGAAAAAAACAUUACAUGUAUUAAAUUGAUAUGCCUCAAAAGGAGUAGGAAGAAGUAUACAACUUAUUUAAUCCUAUCCCUCGUUCCAAAGCUCAAUAAUUAAUUAUUAAAUUAACCUCCUGUGACCCUUGUUAUAAUCUCUCUAAAUAAACAAUCUAUAUACAAUGUGCUAUACUAUAUUUAUAUUUAUGUCGAUACAAUCCAUGCAUAUACAGUUUGAUAUACUAUCUUUUAAUGUAAUAUAUAUAUCUAUCUAUCUAUCUGUACAAUUUGAUGUACUAUAUAUACACUUUAUAUUUAAUAUCUUUGCAGUUUGGUACAGUGUUUACAAUUUAGAAAUUUCAUUAAAUCUAUAGUAAAAUAUAUCUUAAUAUAGAUAGAUAUA